CGCUCAGUUUGUUUAUGUAAAAAGUCACACACACGUGAAAAUUGAAAACAUUGCUGAAAAAUCAGGAAAAACAGUGGAAAAUCUCGUGGAAAAAUGUCAAAAUACAAGGAUUUGGUGAACCUGACUACCCCAUAUGCCCGAAGGAUGCAGUACCUCUCCAACAGGAUCUUCGGGGAAGUUGCACGACCGACAAAUUCCAAAUCCAUGAAAGUGGUGAAGAUGUUCAGUGCAAAGCCGGUGGAAAAGAAUGAUUACUACGUCAACUACUACCCAAGGCAUGUGGAAGUUGGCUGGCUUAUGAGGCAUCUCCGUUCCUACGGCCUAUUCCGGGAUGAGCAUGAGGAUUUCAAGGAAGAAAUGAAGAGAUUACGAGCUCUCCGUGGAAAAGCCCCACCGCCUCGAGGAGAGAGCAAGAGAUCCAAGAAAUAGGAACUCUCAUAGCAUCCAUAGGACAGCAUUUUGUAUGAAAUUCUUAGAUAAAUUAUCAAAUUCUCUGUAAAAAGUUAUUGAAAAAUAAAUAUUUUGA